AUGGGGUCAAUCGGCGAGCUCAGCAACAGACACACAGCCCGUGAACUUGCGAGUACCUUGGCCACGGACGGUGGAUUUCCGAAUGAUCUUAUAUUUUCAACCUUUCUGCUGCGAUGUCGCAAUGCUGGAACUCGCGUUGCCUUUCACGAGCCCGACAACGGGGUCCGCGCUACCUUCGAUCAAUUUAUGACAGACAUCAUCCAUCAGCGACACCACUUGCGGAAGCAUCUUGUGCCUCAUCUAGAUGAGAACGGAAUCUUGGAAGAGGCCUUCCCUAUUUGCGUUCUCUCGACGGCAAAUUAUGAAUUUUCAAUUGCGGCCAUGGCGAUCAUGGCGUUGGGGGGAUUGGUCGUGCCGCUUCCAUUGGAUUCAAGCGGUGCAUUUGUUUUGAAUAUUCUACGUCAAGCACCUACCAAAGUACUUUUGGCUAGUCAACGUUAUGUCCAUGAAGCGACAAAGAUUCAACAACUUGCGAGCGCUCAGUCCCUUCCCUCUAUCACAUUGCUACUAAUCGACAGCCUUCACGACUCCCCCACAAAUCUUUGGGAUAUCUUCGACGCUGGAAUACACACAGAAUUCUCGAUUUCCGAAUCACGCCCCGGGAUCACGUUGUUCACAUCUGGUUCAACCGGCACCCCGAAAGGUGUUAUCCACAGUCGGGGAUGGUUCCCUAAACUACCACAAGCCCCAGCCGACGAAGCAGUUCUGGUACAUCGCCCUCCUAGCUGGCUAGGCGGCAGUUUAUUCUUGUUCACGGCUAUUAUGACUGCAUCCCGUGCGGAGAUUGUAGAUCCUGGGGCAACUCUGCGAUACACGUGGGAACGAAUUCGAAGAGACGGAAUCACAUACAUCAAUUCGGGUUGUGGGUGGUGGGAGCAAAUGGUCACGUUCUACAAAGCUGAGCUCCAGAAUCACCCGCAGAAGGAAGAAUACCUUGCGGGUAUUGGUGGUGUGCGCUCAGCGUUUACUGGAUCGAGUGUGGCUGUACCGUCACUUUUGCAAUUCAUCUCCGGCGAGUUUAAACUGCGACUACAGAUGACUUAUGGAACGACGGAAGUUGGUAGAAUGCUUCUCGGUAUUCCUUUGCAGGAAUUGAAACGAAGCGAUAGAUGCCUUGGGAGACCACUGUGGCCGGAUAUGCCUGUUAAACUUUCAGAAGGUGACAAGGGAGAGCUGCUUGUCGGCCGGAUGAGGACUUUUCUUGGAUACAUCAACGGCGAACCCUCAACGGAGGGUCUCUUUGACGAAGAUGGAUAUUUUCGAACCGGAGAUAUUGCCCAUAGACAGGAUGAUUGUUAUGUCUUUGACGGGCGUGUCUCUAUUGAUUUCAUCAAAAAUGCAGGCGAAAAAGUUCCAGUCAUUGAGCUUGAGCAAGUGAUUCGAGGACUAGAUUAUGUCGCGGAAGCAUAUGUGGUUCCAGUGAAAGAUAAUGUCCUCGGCAGUCGACUGGGUGUUCUUCUCAAAUCCAAGGGGGGAAAAGUUACCCUGAAAAGCCUACGUGCGGACCUUGCAUCGAAAGUUGGUAGCCACAUGCUGCCUAAUGCGUUCUGUCUGAUGGCCGAGAAUGAGCGAGUACCAAAAACGCCAACGGAUAAGGUAUCCAAAAGUGAGCUCGUGAACGUGUUCUUUCCCGACUGCGCAGAAAAGAUAUUACAUGAUCGUGUAGAAAUUUUAGAUAUUGAAAUAUGA